UAAUUUUAGAUAGAAACUGAGUUUUCUUACUUCAAAAAAACGAGACUGUAGUUAAAGCGCAUUUACUCCCUUUUCCAUUACCAGUGCUUUUUUUAAAAUAUUUACUUACCUAGGUUACUUUCGGAGAUAACAAGAAUUUUUGCGUAUGUAAACACAGAAAAAGCUAAAGUAUAUUUUGUUAAGUUUGUAAUUUUAAUUCAGAUAAAAUGAUGAAAUCGGAUACAACAGUAUCUAUAGAAAAAGAAAAAGAAAUGAAAAUAACAAGCGAACCUUCGAAUUUAAAAUAUAUUAGCUUAGCAGUGUUAAUUUUUCAAAAUGCUGGAUUAAUUCUUACCAUACGCUAUUCCAGAACACUUAAAGGUGAUAUGUACAUUUCUAGUACAGCAGUAUUUUUGGCUGAGAUUCUUAAACUGUUGGCUUGUUUGGUGUUAACUUUUACAGAGGUCAAAAGUUUUGCCUCUUGGAUGAGAUACCUAUACAACAAUAUAAUUGCAGAUCCGUUAUCAACUUUUAAAGUUGCGAUACCUUCAUUUAUUUAUGUUUUGCAAAACAAUUUGCAAUUUAUUGCUAUAUCAAAUCUUGAUGCUGCUACAUUUCAAGUAACAUACCAACUAAAGAUUUUGACCACAGCUUUAUUUUCAGUUCUUAUGUUAAAUAAAUCUUUAACAAAAGGUCAAUGGUUUUCAUUAUUUUUGUUAUUUGUUGGAGUAGCGCUAGUACAGUUUCAACCAAAUCAAGUUAAUAAUUCCCUUACCUCACAAAAUCCUAUUGUUGGUCUUACUGCAGUGGUUGUUUCAAGUUUGUGCUCAGGAUUUGCUGGAGUAUAUUUUGAAAAGAUUUUAAAAGGAUCUGGAAAUGUCUCUAUAUGGUUAAGAAACAUUCAACUUGGCAUUUUUGGUGCUUUAAUUGGUGCUGUUGGAAUGAUUGCAAAUGAUGGUACCAAAAUAAAGCAAAAUGGAUUACUCUUUGGUUACUCUGCAAUUGUUUGGUUUGUAAUUUUUAUGCAGGCUUUUGGUGGUUUAUUAGUGGCUGUCGUAGUAAAAUAUGCAGAUAAUAUAUUAAAGGGUUUUGCAACUUCAUUCGCCAUUUUAGUUUCAUGUAUAGUAUCUAUUUAUGCAUUUAACUUUGUAUUGAGCUUGGAGUUUGUUGCAGGUUCAAUAUUAGUAAUAGUUGCUAUUUAUAUUUAUAGUCUUCCGCAAAACAAGUAAUAAGUUAGAAAAUACAAGUUACUGAGAUUGCAAAACUUCUGGUAAAAAUUUCACUUAUAAAUUCUUCUUUUAAAUUAAAUGCUAAAUUUUACUCUGUUCAAAGUAAAGUUAAUGUUAAUGUAGAAGACAUAAUUAUUAAUAAUUAAAGUUUGUUCUGGAAAAAAAGCAAUAAAAAAACUUCUGAGGUAAAAGUUUUUUUUUAGCUAAAAUUAGCUUAUAUUUGCAAAAAUCUGUAUAUUUGUAUUUGUAACAAAUACACGAAAAAAAUGUGUCGGAACUUGUUUUUCUAUAAUUUGUUACUUAAUGAUAAUGUGUUAUCUGUUACAUAGUGACAAUGCGUUAUCUGUUAUUUAGUGACAAUUUUUUAAGGAUUUGUGGGAUUGAUGAACUUUAAGAUUACACAUUUUAAAUUUAAAGUAAUUUUCAUAAAUCACAAAUUUUAAUAUUUUUUCGACCAAAAUUUUGAUAGUAAUAUGUUUUUUUUUUAUUAAAUAAAAAGUCUCUAGUUAACACUGAAAUAUAGAGAAACAUAUUUUGUUUAUUUAUUCAGAGACUUUUUUUUGAAAUUUUGGAGGUUAAAUAUGUUUUUAUUUAUAGUAUUUAUUUUGCGGUUAUUUGGUUGAAUAUUAUGUCUAAUACUAUAUGUUAUCAAAAAAAUCACGAAUGUUUUGUAAAUAUUUUCAUCGUUCUCAUUCUUUAAACUAUAGAAUAAGUUUUAACUGCUUAAAAUUGUUUGUUAUAAAACAUUUUUGUAGAAUUUUUAAUAAUUUCAAAAAAAAAAUACUUUUCUUAAAUCUUUUUGAUUAUUUAUAAAAUUGAUAAUUAGAAAAUUUUUAGAAAAUUGUUUACGUUUAGUUUUUGUUUUUUUAUAUACAGUUACAAUAGAAGAUAUAGUUUUAUGAAUGAA